UAAACAACGUUAAAUGAAGUUUUCUAGAUCAACUUCUACUCAUCUCACUAAUUUGUCAUUUAGAUCCAAUAAUAUUACCACUAUAUAAACACCACAAAGUAAUUCACGUUUAAGUGAGGUGAAUAACAAAAUUGAUGAUCUAUUAAAAAAAUCUUCAACUUCCAUUACCAAACAAGAAUUUAAAUUUUCUUCGCAAGAAAAAAAGAUUAAUUAAACUUACAAUUAUUCUCUUGUGCUUGAAUAAAUUUAAAAAGAAAAAAAAUAAUUGUUGACUAUCCUUUUAUAAAAAGAUAGCAUAAUAAGGGAUCAGUAAAAUAAAAUUGCUUAAUUGGAUUUAUAGAAUAAGAAUCUAAUGAAAUAAUUAUAAUAAUUUAACAAUCUCCAACCACAAAUGGAACAAUUAGAAGAAUAAUGCUAACAAAUUAUUAUGCAAAAUGAAUAACUGAAAUAUGAAAAAAACUAAAUACAAACCUCUCUUAAUUAUCUUAAAUGUUAAAAUAUAUAAGUUAUAAGUCACGAAUUAAAGAAUUCAUUGCAAUAAUUACAUCAACAGAUUAAGAAAUAUUAUAUUUGUAAUUAUAAAGAAGACUAUUACAAUUUAGAGUAAAGUAGAAAGACUUUAAAGAUUAGUGACUUCGAUUUCUACACUAUCUUAAGAGAAUGCUUGGAUUGCAUUUUGUAUAUGAUUCAAAACACUGACCAUUCAAUAGAAAAUUAUCCUAAUAGAAAUACUAAAAUUUGA